CAAUAACAGCGCACUUUCUCUCAGCCUAGAGGACGUGCACGAGUCACUGCUGGAAGAGAAGGCAUUCCAGGAGAAAAUAACGCGGAUACCUUCCUGCGGUAGAUUUGAGGGACAGAACUGUUUUGAUUACUUGAUCGCGACACAAUUGAGCGAAAUGGCUUGUCUUAUGGCAGCCUUUUCGGUUAACAACACUGUAGUCACCAACUCCAUCAUAAUGAAUGCAAAUGGGCCCCCUGAUCUGAUGAUGGAUCCCCGGACCGUGUGUGUGUCCAUCGAGGAAGCGGUGUCGAACAACGCCGGCGCCCAGCAGACUCCCCUAAUGCAGGGGCACCUGAAGAAAGUGGAGAACUGUCUGACCGAAGCGCAGCGGUUUUCAUACUUACCUCGGCGGCCUGCGGUCAAUAUCGAGUUUAAAGACCUCUCCUACUCUGUUCCCGAAGGAUCGUGGUGGAGAAAGAAAGGUUACAAGACCCUGCUGAAGGGGAUCUCUGGGAAAUUCACCAGUGGGGGCCUGGUGGCCAUCAUGGGUCCCUCGGGGGCGGGAAAGUCGACCCUCAUGAACAUCUUAGCCGGGUACAGAGAGACGGGGAUGAAAGGGGAGAUCCUGAUCAAUGGGCAUCCGCGCCAUCUCCGCUCCUUCCGCAAGGUCUCAUGCUACAUCAUGCAGGAUGACAUGCUCCUCCCACACCUGACCGUGCAGGAGGCCAUGAUGGUGUCAGCUAAUCUCAAACUCCAGGAAAAGGACGAGGGCAGGAGAGAGAUGGUUCGAGAGAUCCUUACCGCCCUGGGACUGUUGGAAUGUGCUAAAACACGGACGUCCAACCUGUCGGGGGGGCAGAGGAAGCGGCUGGCCAUCGCCCUGGAGCUGGUCAACAACCCCCCCGUCAUGUUCUUCGAUGAGCCCACCAGUGGUCUGGAUAGCUCGUCCUGUUUCCAGGUGGUCUCUCUGCUGAAGGCUCUGGCCCAGGGUGGCAGAACCAUCAUCUGCACCAUCCACCAGCCCAGCGCCAAGCUCUUUGAGCUCUUCAACACGCUGUACGUGCUGAGCCAUGGCCAGUGCAUCUAUCGGGGAAAGGUGUCGAAUCUUGUACCAUACCUCCGGGACCUCAACCUCAACUGCCCCACAUACCACAACCCAGCAGACUUUGUGAUGGAGGUCGCUGCAGGGGAGUACGGGGACCAGACGUCCAGGCUGGUGAAGGCCCUGCAGGAGAGGAAGACUGAGAAGGACUAUAAGACAGAGGGGCACAAAGAGGAGGGCCUCAACCCGUUCCUCUGGCACAGGCCCUGUGAGGAGGACUCCACUACUGCAGAGGGCUGCCACAGUUUCUCAGCCAGCUGCCUGACCCAGUUCUGCGUCCUGUUCAAGAGGACCUUCCUCAGCAUCAUGAGGGAUUCGGUGCUGACUCACCUGCGCAUCACCUCUCACAUCGGCAUCGGAAUUCUCAUCGGUCUGCUCUACCUGGGCAUCGGCAACGAGGCCAAAAAAGUGCUCAGCAACUCGGGCUUCCUCUUCUUCUCCAUGCUCUUCCUCAUGUUCGCCGCCCUGAUGCCCACGGUGCUCACCUUUCCACUCGAGAUGGGGGUGUUCCUGAGGGAGCACCUUAAUUACUGGUACAGUCUGAAGGCGUACUACCUGGCCAAAACCAUGGCAGAUGUGCCCUUCCAGGUGGUGUUCCCCAUUGUGUACUGCAGCAUCGUGUACUGGAUGACCUCACAGCCCUGCGACGCCUUGCGUUUCGCGCUCUUCCUGUCCCUGGGAACCAUGACCUCCCUGGUGGCGCAGUCUCUGGGGCUGCUAAUCGGAGCCGCCUCUACCUCGCUACAGGUGGCGACGUUUAUUGGGCCCGUGACGGCCAUCCCUGUUCUGCUUUUCUCCGGUUUCUUCGUCAGCUUCGACACCAUCCCCAAAUACCUGCAAUGGAUGUCCUACAUUUCAUACGUCAGCAGGUACGGGUUCGAAGGAGUCAUCCUCUCCAUCUACGGACUGAACCGAGAGGACCUGCACUGCGACACUGACGACACCUGUCACUUCCAGAAGUCGGUGGCCAUCUUGAAAGAGCUGGACGUGGAGAACGCCCGGCUGUACCUGGACUUCAUCGUGCUCGCCAUCUUCUUCGUCGCCCUCCGCCUCGUCGCCUACCUCGUCCUGCGCUACAAGAUCAGCGCCGAGAGGUAGAGGAGGAGGUGAUGAAGAGCAGAAGAAGACGGUGGAGAUGGUGAACUGAAACCUUGAAAGUGGGGUUGGAGUUGGUUAUGGGUCUGUGCAUGCGUGUGUGUGAAUGUGUGUGCGGGCACACGUGUGUGUGCAUGUAUGUGUGUGAGUGUGUGAUUGUGUGUGCAGAUGAAUUAGUUUUCCUAAGCAGUAAGAAAUGAGAAAUGCCCUUUGGAAUGUGCUUUUAUCUUACACUGCCAGACAGCACAGGCAUCCCGUGUUGUCUUUUCCUGUGUUGAAUGCAUUUCCAAUCCAAAACAAGGUAGGAUUUUCUGACAGAAAAAGAGCAAUUUAGGCAUUUAGAAAGAACACAAAUAAGUCACUGCCCCUUCUCAAAAAAAUUAAGGCAACAAUUAGAAAAAAUUUUUUUAAACAAUUUGGGGAAAAAAAAAGAUCUUCUCUGGCUUCCCCUGCCAGCCUUGCUGAGUGACUCUAUGGAUGGCUGGCUCUGGCUUGAUUAAGCAUCCUUGCUGUAGUCCUUUGAGAGUUAGCACCUAGCUCCAGGCAGGGCUCCUUAAUGCUCAUUGGCCAUGUCAGAGAAAGCAGGUGGCGCUUCGAGAGCUGACUGUGAUGUUUGCUUUUGAUCUCGCGCUGUCGCCUCCUCCGUGUCCGUACGCGUAGUGGUUCUGCCGGGUCUGCUCGGUGACCGGUACCAUCGCGCACGGCACCGAACCUCUGAGCGCUACGCAGAGCGAGGGGAGCUCCGCGUCCACAGACUGAUGCCAUUUAAAGGGGCCUGAGGGUAGAGAAUUAUCUGUUUCUUCUGAUUUUUUCUUUUUGGUAAAGUCCUGCUCACAUCCCUAAUAUUUGGCAGCUCGGCCGUACGUUUCCCACAGGCUUUCAGAGUGAACGUCACUAAGCCACAUUCCAUCUGUUUAAGGCUGUCAGCUGAUCUCUUAAUAGGUUUUCUGGAAUAGACAAAAAUACAUUUUUAUUUAUGUAUAGUGCUCCACACAGCCUUGAUUUACCUGGGACUUAGAUCCAUGCUCAAAACUAAACCCUCCGACUGGAGUCACUCAUGAAAUCUUGCAUUCAGUUCAUUUAUUUCAUAAGUAGGAAUAGUCCCAUUAAGGAACACAGAUAAUUAGUCGGCAUAUAUUUUAGUUUUUUUUUUUUUAAUGUAAAAAUGUAGUAAUUUUUGUGACAGGCAGAGAAUAGCUGCGUUUACUUCUACAUUGGAAUCCAGGUGAAGUUCAUACAUUGAUGUAUGCAUUAUUCUGUUAUUGCCAAAUAUCUGGAGUGUAAGGCUUGGAGAGCAGCUUAUUUCUGCUCGAGUUCUGACAGACGUGAGCUUGUAAAAGCCACUGUUAUACCUCAGAGAUGCUUUCGCCUCUAAAAUGGAAGGACAUCGUUUUGAAAGUACAUUUUGAUGUCGCCUAUUUCCCAUGUCCAAAAUGAGAACAUUUAAGGGGCAUAUUUACUGUGGCAAGUGAUGGAAAAAGGCACAUUUUCUCUGUUGGGAACAACCCAUAAAAAUCAUCAUGUACACCGACAGACAAAGCAAAAAUCAAUGCAAAACUGUUUUAUGUGAAAUUGUAUGUUCUCAUUGUUGUUGUUUUAUUUGAGGAGAACCCAGCUACACGAUAUUAAAGUAUCGUCCUGAUGUGCCCCUACCGUGGCAACGUUAUUAUUACAUUGCACCAAUGUUACUAUAAUGUUCUGAUGUUGUGUGUUAGCUGGGUGUAUCUAAUAGGAACACUAAACUAUUUGUUCCUCUUUACCUGCAAGAUUUGUACUCUUUUUGUAACCGUGGUGUUUGCAAACAGGGCACUUCCUGAGUGGACCCUGGAGAACGUGUAAUGCAAAGUAUUUAAAUAUUUUUCUAUUUUUUCCCUUAUUGAAUCUGUCCCAGCUUUGGUUACACCAUUAAUUGAACUGAACUAUAGCACCACCUGUCUUUCCUGUGUAUUUAUGUGUGCGUGUGUGUGUGAGUGCAUAAGUGUGUGUGCUUGCCUCUGUGUGUGCUCAAAGCUGUAGGUAAUAGUAAAUAUUUUCUGUACAUGCGACAGCUGUGUUUGCAAUGAAAUUUGAGAGAAAUCUAAUAAAGCUGCAGUAUUUUUCA